UUAAGACCAAAACCGCUCGAAAACCAUACCCCUUGUAGCCGCACAUACCUAUAUAGCCCAUAUAAGGGAGUGCCCCCCCCCCCUCGGGGAAAAACACGUCAGUAGUCAGUAUUGUUAGGACUGUUCUAAUUUUUCUUUUCAUUAAAGAGGAUUAGGUUUAUGCUCUGAGCAAGACAAAUUCAUGCUUUUGAAAACAUCCUGAGUAUCAUCAUGUCUAACACAAUUCGAUCGAGAUAAUUAUUUUAAUUACCAUUCUCAGGCAGUAUGCUUCCGGAAGCAAUAUUUUCUUUUUCGGCGUAAGAAGGGUUUUGUUUGUUUAAACGAUUAAAUGGCCGUAAUUUACAGAUUUUUCUUUCAUGUCGCAUAAUUAACGCCGCGACGCCUGAACAAAAGCAGUAUUAACUGGCUUAGCUAAGGCCCGUUAUUUCAUUAAGGCUUUAAAGCAACAUGCACGUCACUUCGGAUCUUAGAUUCUACCACGAAAACAGGCAAAAAACCCAACUUUUUCGUGACUAGAAUGCCCAAAAAUUAUCACUAGGUUUAGAUGAGUUCUCGCAUUUUAAAAGCAAACACUUUGUUUGCUUUUAAAGUUGCAUAAAAUUAGUCGAAUACUAAACAGCUCGCUCCGGUAAUCUCUCCCAUGAGAACGUGCCAUUGUCUGAUACACGUCAAAAGUACAGUUGUUAUUAAAAGUCAGUGAGCUUACUUCUUCCGAGACAAGAAUCUAAAGCGCACGGAGGGUAAAUUGGUGUAAACAAACGGGUGUUUUCUUCUCCGAUCGCGAGCGGAUGAAAACAGACCCCACGCGAGCUUUUUGCAAGAAAGUACAGGAUUCCUUAUCAAAAAAAGAAUAGUCGGAUUCGCUUUGAGCGUCAACGGUCAAUUAGAGCAAGGCUGGAAACCUACAAUAGAUUAAAUGGCAACAAAGAGGCAAACGCCCAAAAUAAAAAUCGAUUUCUGGGAGGAUGGAGCGAGUUCAGGCAACUCAGAAGUCACGAAAAGCGCGGAAAAAAUGUGUGUGAAUAAACUGAAAUUGAAGUACAGAUCGGAACGACACAGUAGCUACAGUUGCGCGCUCAGGGAGGCGGUAAUGACCAACAAAGCAGACGAGAUACCUCGAAUUGUACAGGAGGAAGGGAUCAAGGUCAGCGAAAUGAACAAAAGUGGCGUUCCUUUGAUUCACGAAGCGGCUUUCGAAGGGAGACUAGAAUGUGUGAGAGCAUUGUUAGACUGUGGCGCGAAAAUUAACACUGUGGAUAACGAGGAUUGGACGGCCCUGCACGCGGCUGUGCUUGGCGGUCAUGUGGAACUCGUUCGCUUGUUGAUUCACAAGGGAGCUGAUCUGUACGCUGAAACGAUCGAGAAGUACAUUCCUUUUCAUAUCGCGAUAGAAAAAGGUGACGAAGAUAUGAUCGCUUUACUGGUGGAAAAGAUGGCGCAAUUUUCCGCUUUUAAGGGAAAAGAAUGAUAUAAAGAGGAAUUGUAAGUUGCUGGUGCAGUUAGGAAAUACACGAACCUAUUAUGCAACACUUAUUAAACUGCUUUUCAUGUUGAUAACCAGUAAUCUAAUUUUUUAUGCACAAUGUAAGAGAGAAUCUUAAUUAGGGUUUGCAUGGGUCAUCUCAGUUUGUCAGCUCAGCCCAGUCCGCACGCAAACGCCACGUACCUUCUGCUGCUGGCGGUGGAUGCGAUUGGCUGUUGCUCAGAAUUAAGUAGUUCCAAGUACUAGUAUAGCUGGUUUGUGACUUAACUGACAAAGAAAUAAGGCUAUAUGUCGGACCAUGAACAAGGAAAAAUAUCCCCAAGAGGAUUUCAAGUUUCAAGAAGUUUUUUAUUUCCACAGAGCAAAGUAAAAUGCAAUGUGGAGGUUUGUUAAAGAAAACUGCUGUGUCAAAAAGAGUUCACCUCUGCUAAGUGAUAAAGGUCCGCUACUGAACACUGAUCCAAGGACUGGCGGAAAAAUAGCAAGAAAGCAAGAAAAAUCGUAUGAUUGUAACUUUUUCACCAAUGUGACCGCCAUAAAGAAACGUCGGCAGUUUGAACCAAUCCGUCACACAACAUACUAGGGCAGUUUCAAUCUUUAAAUUCCAUGCACUUGAUGAAACCGUAUUCGCUUGGAUGCUCACGUACUCCUUAUAAGACCUUAUAAUCGUAUGUAACACUAGUCUCCAACCACAGACAGAUAAAUCCGUCUGCAAAGCUAAUCUUUUAGUUUUCUUGUAACCUUAUUGUGAGUUGUUGACAAAACUUUAGCUCGUGAGAAUAUGAUCCAGUCUCUCUCUACUCGCCAUAGCUCAGACAAGCACGUUGAGCAAAUGAGAAGAUUCACUCGGUAUUACGAUAGUUGCUCCGACUAACCGCUAUCUUGGAUAUGAAAGACAGAGAAGGCCUGGUUACGCAUUGAUUUAUGGGUAAUGUUUUUACAGGCCAGCUGUUUGAAACCGAAAUAGACCUGGAGGACUAAAAGGUCAGAGUAGACAUGCUUUCAGCAGUUCGUGCUUAAUUGUAAAGGAAAGGAGACAAAUAAUUUAUAAAUAAACUCAUGACCAUAUAACGCAGACAGAUUUUCGCUCGAGCAAACGAACGCGAGAAAAUCUUUCUGCAUCCGCUGGCCAGAAAAGUCAUAACGAUUUUACUCUCCAAGGAGAGUCAGUUUCAAGCCCCUAGUCUUUUAAAUUGAUUCACAAAUUUCCUUUUUGCAAACUAUCGAGAAACAAAAGAACCACACGCAAUUAUCCUGCCCAAUAGCUUUCAUUUGAAUAAUCGUUGAUCUCAUUAACUGAUAAAUCCAGACACUUUAACGAACUCCAGGACUGAAUGUGGCCUGUGGACGAAAAUAUUACACCUUUUUUGUCAGCAUACGUGCUAAGCUGGCAAGCAAAAAUCAUACAAACGUGCUAGACCUGAGCAUCAAUGAAGCUUUACCUGAUUCUCCUUUAUACUAAGUUAAAACAAAGUCACUGCACGGACAGUAACUCCUAGCUCUUCUAGAACCCUGAGUUAUGACGCAAAUACCCUAUUUUUAGGUUUAUUUAAUAUUAUAUUGGCUCGUUGGUUACAGCCGCAACAAUAACGGUGUUUUUGAAGACCCUUGCCGUUUUCAUUACGACAAUAAACUUGAAUAUAAACUGAACCCUUUUAUCGUCAUUUCUAAAAGAAGUUAAUAAUUAACAAGUUUUGUAUAUUUUAACCUUGGGUUCUGGCGAAUCGUUAGAUACAAUUGCU